AUGCGGAGGCGGACGGCUGCGAGGGCGUGGCGGUUGCAGCGAGGUUUCGCCGCGGGCUACCAGCGAGAAAAUGCCGUAGGGCAGGAGGCGCGCGAGCCUGGGGCGGAUUUGUACUCGGCUUGUUGCCCGCCGCGCCCCCCACCCAUCUCGCGCGUCGAGGCCGCCGGUCGCGGUCCCGGCCACGCCGCGUCUCUUUGCCGUGGUCGGGCCGGACUGCGCCGGUGCUUUGCGCCGGCUCGACGCCGCCUCGUGGGCGCUCCGAUACCGGCUCCGCGUGGCCCCGACGCAUCUCCGCCGCGGUGCCGGCGCCGGGCCGCCUUCCUCAGAGGGUUGUUGCCCCCGAGGCCCCCGGCGGGUUAUCCUUCGACUCCCCAGACGGUACCCUCGUGCGCCGCGCCGGCGGUUAAACAACCUCGCAAACCCGGCGCUGGCCCCCCUGCCUACGCCUUAAUCCGGGUCGCCACCUUCCACCAGGCCCGCUGCCCCCCUGCUUCCGGCAACCCGGCAUGCCGGCCCCUCCGGCACUCGCACAUCCCUCGGGUGCCCCGGCCGCACCUGCUCCUAGCCGCCCCAAGGCGGACUCCAGUCCGGCCCCCCCGCGGCCCCCCCGGCCGUCGGACGCGCCUCCCAAAACGCAAACGCCGCCCUAGCCCGCUCCUGGCCCGACUCCCACAUCCGUCAGCAGCCCCCUGUUGGGGUGGUGGGUUGCGCCAGUGCGGCCACUUUGCCCCUGCCUCCCGAUUCGCCCGUCCGCCGCCCGCGACCCACGACUACCUCCUGACGGUCCUGCUGCACCUUGCACGCCCACCGACCCGGACGAGCUGCCCGGGGCCGCCCAAAUAUUACAAGGCCGAGAAGCACGAGAAUCGCGGAUCAGAAGGUACCCCAGUGAGGGCCCGAGUCAUCAUUAAACCCAGGUUAUAUUCCCCAGGCUCGGAUGUUCCGGCAGGUAGACCAUCAAUUAAUGAUGGCCACAAGUCAGGUAGGCCGGGCCGCCCCCACCCGGGCAUCGGCAGAGUCUCGGAAGAAAGAGAUUCAAAGAUUCGGUCCGUCUAUGAUCCCUUUAAGGAGCAUCCGAGCCUGAAAUAA